GAUGGCGGAAUCGUUAUUUAUUUCCUAAUUAUACUUUACAUGUUUUUGGCCGCGUCCAUCGUGUGCGAUGAUUACUUCCUUCCGUCUCUAGAGAUCAUCACGGAAUGCCUUGGCCUCUCUCAGGAUGUUGCUGGAGCAACUUUUAUGGCUGCUGGAAGCUCUGCUCCAGAGCUUGUCACUGCUUUUCUAGGAGUCUUCGUGACAAAAGGAGACAUCGGCGUCAGCACCAUCCUUGGAUCGGCCAUCUACAAUCUUCUGGGGAUCUGUGCAGCAUGCGGGCUGCUCUCUAGCGUGGUUUCCAGGCUAUCCUGUUGGCCGCUGUUUAGAGACUGCCUGGCAUAUACCAUUAGUGCAGCGGCGGUCCUUGCGAUGAUAUCUGACAGCAGAAUUUACUGGUAUGAAAGUGCUUCCUUAUUAUUAAUAUAUGGGUGUUAUAUUCUGGUACUAUGUUUUGACAUUAAAAUCAACCGGUGCCUCAUGAAAAAGCUCAGUCCCUGCUGCUCGUGUUUUACAAAAGCCACGGAACAGAGCGGUGAGCAGCAGCCAUUAGCUGGAUGGAGGGAAGAGAGAGGGCCUCUAAUUCGUCCACAGUCAAGAACUGAUAGUGGAAUUUUUCAAGAUGAGCUGGACUAUUCUCAGCUUUCAACAAGCUUACAUGGGCUCGAUGAGAUCUCUGAAGAUCAUCCAAGCGUCUUCACCAUGCCUGAAGAAGAUAUGAAGAGAAUUCUGUGGGUGUUAUCCCUCCCUAUUAUUACGCUGCUCUAUUUGACUACACCAGAUUGCAGAAGGCGGUUUUGGAGGAAUUGGUUCAUGGUAACAUUUUUCAUGUCAGCAGCAUGGAUUUCUGCAAUCACUUACGUCCUUGUGUGGAUGAUAACAGUAGCAGGUGAAACACUGGGAAUUCCAGAGUCAGUAAUGGGUCUCACAUUACUGGCAGCAGGAACAAGUGUACCAGAUACAGUUGCAAGUGUGCUGGUGGCUCGAAAAGGAAACGGAGACAUGGCUAUGUCUAACAUUGUGGGAUCCAACGUAUUUGAUAUGCUAUGUCUGGGAAUACCCUGGUUUAUAAAAACUGCCUUCAUAAAUACAUCCGAACCCAUAGAAGUGAACAGCAGUGGUCUGACCUACACAGCCACUUCUCUCAUCUGUUCAGUUGUUUUUAUUUUUCUGGCAAUUCACCUGAAUGGCUGGAAAAUAGAUAAAAAAUUGGGAGCAAUUUGUCUUAUACUCUACUUAGCAUUUACUGUAUUAUCAAUUUUAUACGAACUUGGCAUCAUAGGGAACAAUCCUACAAGGGUCUGUGGUAACUAG